AUGACUGUAGAUGAACUAAUCAAGAAGAUGAAAGCCUGUUUUGCUCGACAUGGGAUCCCUGAAAUCGUAAUUUCUGAUUCUGGCUCACAGUUUACAAGCUCAGAAUGGAGAGCCUUUGCAGCCGAUUUUGGGUUUAAAACUAUUUGUUGUAGUCCCUUACACCAUCAGGCAAACGGUGAAGCUGACAGAGCAGUCCAAAAGAUGCUUACAAAGAACAAAGACCCCACUCUUGCAUUACUGGAGUACAGGUCAACACCAGGUCCAUCAGGGUACAGCCCUUCGGAAUUGUUGAUGGGAAGAAGACUAAGAGCCCGACUACCGUCAUUGACGAAAGAUCUCAAGCCUAAAAUGGUAGAUCACAAGACAUUUAGAGAAUUGGACAAACUAUAUAGAGCAACUCAAGCAGAUUACUUCAAUAAACGGCAUGGAGUGAGAGAUGAAAAGCAAUUCACUAUUGGAUGCAACGUGUAUAUUCCUGAUAGGAGAGAAGAUGGGAAGAUAGUUAUAAGGUAG